AUGUCGUCCCUUUUGAACGCUACCGUCCUGGCAACCGCUGCCACCGUGGUUCCCGACUCACAGUUCGUGUUCAACGCCACGGAUUACGGCGUGUUCGCCCUGGUGCUGAGCAUCUCUGCCGCCAUUGGAGUUUAUUUCGGAUUCUUUGCCAAGGGCGAGGACACCACGGAGGAGUACCUGAUGGGCAGCAAGCGGAUGAAGACGAUUCCCAUCGCUAUUUCGCUGGUGGCCAGUCAACUGUCGGCGAUCUCCAUAAUGACCAUUCCGGCAGAAAUGUACGCCUACGGAAUCAACUGGUUUUUCAACGUGGUUUGCAUGGUGGCUGUGGUUCCGCUUCUGAAUUACGUGGUGAUCCCGGUUUUCUACAACAAUAACAUCACAAACUGCUAUGAGUACUUGGAGAUGCGCUUUUCCCGGAAGGUGCGAGUGCUGCAGACCUUCAUCUUCAUAUUGACGAUGUUUUUCAUGCUCCCGAUCUUCAUCUUCCUGCCCUCCCUGGCCUUUGCACAGGUGACUGGAUAUAAUGUGCACCUUAUCAACACCGUUGUGUGCAGCAUCUGCGUCUUCUACACCAUGUUCGGAGGUAUCAAGGCUGUGGUGUGGACCGAUGUUAUCCAGGCAGCCAUUAUGGUUGCUUCCGUGGUCCUAGUGGGCGUGAUGGGCGCCCACCGAGUGGGAGGCUUCUUUGAAGUGCUGCGCAUUGCCGGGGAAGGUGGACGCUUGGAUAUCAACUACAACUUCGACCUGACCACGCGCUCUACCAUCUGGAACAUAUUCACAUCGGCGACUAUGAUGUGGACGGGUUACGUGGGCCUGAACCAGAGCUGCGUGCAGCGAAUCGUGUCCCUGCCUUCACUGGGCCACGCCAGAAGAUCGCUGGUGCUCUUUGGCUUCGGGUUUAUCCUGAUCAUGUUCUUCAACUGCUUCACAGGCAUUCUGAUUUACUCCCGCUUCCACGACUGCGAUCCCAUCCAAUCUGGUCAUGUCUCUAAGGUGGACAAGAUGGUUCCGUACUUCGUGCAGGAUACCGUAGGUAGCUUGUGGGGCAUGCCAGGUGUGUUUAUUUCCUGCGUGUUCAGCGCUGCCCUUAGCACGGUUUCCGCCAGCAUCAAUUCCCUGGGAGGAGUUGUCUACUUCGACUACAUCAAGCCACACAUUCGACACACGGAGCACCGGGCCAACGUGAUUAUGAAACUGAUCGUUUUCUUCACCGGAAUCUACUGCAUCUUGGGUGGGUUGGUUGUUGAGAACUUCAACUCCAUUCUGCAAGUGAUGUAUUCCAUUGGAGGCAUGAGCUUUGGCUCGACGUAUGGCGUUUUUAUGCUGGGAAUGCUGGUGCCAAAAUCACAUGGCAGGGCCGCUUUAGUUGGAGUUCUCGCUAGCAUUGCUUGUAUGACCACCAUUGUGAUUUUGAGCUGGGGACGCAAUCACUAUGACACCCUGCCCACGAGCACAUCCGCUUGUCCAGCCUCCCUAAACGGAACCAUAACGGAUAUCAGCACAGCUUCACCUCUGAUCCUUGGUUCCACCACAGAAGCCCCUGUGGGGGACAAGGGAUUCAGCAUCCUGGACCUCUCCUUUAACUGGUACGCGGUCACAGGCUUCGUCAUCACCUGGCUGUUAGGUAUUCCGCUGAGUUACAUCCUGAAGUCUGGGCCCGAUUACAAGCUGAACCCUAAGCUCCUGUCUCCAGUGGUGCAGCCGUUCGCCCAUUACAAGCUGACGCCGUCGGAUGAACCCAACCAGAUAAACCUAGAGAAACCCGAAAAGGUCUGAAAUUCGAAUCGGAACUUAGCAUUAAGAUAUGCUUAUAAGCAGGAUAACCUCACUAACUGUUAGCAAUAUCAAGAUAGAUUAUAAAGCUCUAUGUUUCUAAAAUGCUA